AACAACUAAUGUAAAAUGAGCAAAUAAUGGUACAUAACUGAAAGAGAAUUGACUUUAAAGAAUACUUACUAUGUUCACGAUCACGAGUCCACUCGAAAGGAAAAUGUAGAACAAUUUGUAAAGUUAUUUAGACCGCAAAGAGUUUCAACAGCAACCAACAUCUUCGAAAUGCAAAUUCAUUGUGGGACUAGGCCUAGUAUUAUCAGUUAUAAUAAUUUGGUAGGUCGUGCGCGUCUAUAAUGAAAAAUGUCGAGGGGCGGUGGCCAAAACCGCAACCCUGAGGUUGACAGUACCUUUAUAAACGGAGAUUUGUGCUUGAUGCUCCCAUAUCCCUUGUAUCAUCUUUUGAAAAUAGACCUAGAUCUUUGUCGAAAUGUGGCGGAUUAUUUGUAUGACGUUGCUGUCGAUAUCACUAUGGUCCAGUAUCCGAGGUCAAGAGUACCUGCCUCCUAAAGCUGGCGGUGGGAAGAAAGCUACAGAAGCUGCCUUACCAGCGAGCUACGACUUCGCAUACGACGUGCAAGACAAUCAAGUGAGUCUGGACUUCGGUCACAACGAGAAGCGUAAGGACGACAAAGUGACGGGCUCCUACCAUGUACUGCUGCCCGACGGACGUAUGCAGCUUGUCGAGUACGAAGCUGGUAGCGAAGGAUUUAAACCUCAGGUGAUGUACAUGGGCACGGCUACCUACCCGGCGCCGAAUGCGGACAAGUUCGACGGCUACCAUUACAACGCUGCGUCUAACAGGCAAACUGUGCGGCAACCAGCGCCACGAAACUCCCCGCGGCAGCAACCGACGCCUCCGCCACCGGCGCCUUCCCCGCCCAUACAUCCAAGUCAUCCAACCAUACAUCAACCACAAACCAACCACGUGACUAACACCACUACGCAGAAAACCAUCUAACAAUAUUCAAGAACAACACCGGACUGAACUAACUUGACCAACGACUAUCAAAAUUAUUUAGUUAUUAUUUAAAAUCCCUAGAUGGCAGUGCUCGCAUGUAAAUCUAUGGUCUAUUGAAGGGAAAACAAAGGUAUAAUCUGGCAACAUCGCUGACAAAAACUAUUAACGCGCGAAAACAAAAAGUUCACGAAAGAAGCACUCUAAUAAACUGAUUUUAUGAUUUAUAACUUUUCAAAAUUGAGUUCAUACAAUAUAUAAAUGUCAUUGGUUCAUAUGAUACGAAAACGAACUGAGCAACUCUGUUAAAUAUCAGAGUAAUGUUUUGAGUAUUUUAUGACCAAAUUUUUUGUAAUCAUGAAAAUAUACUGUGUUUUUAUAUUUAUUUUAA